AUGGCUUCGUACGAGACCCCUCGCGUUGACGUGAACAUUAAUGGAUGGGGCCCUACAACACUACCAGAACAGUUUCUAAAUAUUCCUUAUGCACCAUUUAAUAUGGGUGACAAGCUUGGCAAAGCCGCUGAUUUUGUGUCGAACUAUGCACCACGUGGCAGUCGCUACGCGCGGGAUCCAUCGGGUGUAAACACUGAAUUUCAAUACAAACAUGAUUCAAAGGAGGAUGCAACGUUUCAGCUUGUUGAUACAUCAAAGGGCACGCGUCCUAAGACAGAGGAUCGGCUGCGACCUACGUGGAAUCAACAACGCUUUGGUGGUCGUGGUGGACGUGGUGUCGGUGGCCGAGGGGGUCGUGGUAACUACAAUGACAAACCUGAUCCAAAUGCAGCGACUACAUCGUCUGCACAGCUUCGUAUGAAGGGUAUGCAAAAGCAGAACAAGCGCUGGGACCGACUAAGUAAUGCACGACGCCAGUUUACGUUCCGUCGUCGAGACGAGCCGCAGGUGGACCGUGCAGCGUCCGUCAUGGUGCAGGCCAGCUGGACCCUUAUUGACCAGUUUGAAAUGCAACAACUUACAAAGUUACAAGCCAAUAUCCCUAAAUGUGAAGACCUGAAAUGGUGCGGAGAGCUGCGAGAGUAUGACACUACCUUUGAUCGCCUUACCAGUCGCUCUAACACACGCGUGCACCGCUACGAUGAUCGUGACUUUUACUAUGUCACGACAACGGAUGAUCCUAUUAUUGAAGAGUUUGCACAACAGGGAGAAGCCACAGUGUUUGCCACUGAUGCGAUCUUGUCGCAUCUUAUGACGGCCACACGCUCUGUUUUCCCGUGGGAUAUCGUGGCUCAGCGCGUGAACAAUAUGGUAUUCUUUGACAAACGUGACGAAUCGAGCUUUGAUCUGCUCUCAGUCAACGAGAACGCAUCGGAUCCACCAAGCCAAGAAGAUCCCGAGCACAUGAAUCACCCGGACCGUCUCAGUCUCGAGGCUACUAUGAUCAACCAAAAUUUAUCGCAGCAGGUGCUUAAGAGCGGCAACGGAGCCUUCUACAAGAAGCUUGACUUUGCUAACCCGUUUGCUAGCGACGACGCAACGCCUGCUAGCGGUGCGUACCGCUACAGGAAGUAUGAUUUGGGUGGUGGCCUGAAUCUAGUGGCCCGUUGCGAGGUGCAGGCCGUGGCUCUCAAGAAGGGCAUAAAGCAGUACGUAACCACGUACGCAUUGAAUGAGUACGACCCCAAGCUCCCGGGUUCUAUCGAGUGGCGCAAGAAAAUUGACUCUCAGCGUGGAGCUGUCUUGGCAAAUGAGCUGAAGAACAACUCCUGCAAGCUGGCUAAGUGGACAGCACAGGCGCUGCUGGGUGGCGUGGACGAGAUGAAGCUUGGCUACGUGUCUCGUUCGAACUUCAAGGAUCCGUACUCGCAUGUGGUAUUGGGUAUGCAAUCUUACAAGCCAAACACGUUUGCGACGCAGAUUGCGCUUAACCAGAAUAACAUGUGGGGUAUCAUCAAGAUGUUGUCAGAGCUGUUGCUAGAACAGCCGGAAGGCAAGUACGUGAUCAUGAAAGACCCGAACAAACCCAUUAUCCGACUCUUUUCGGUGCCUCUCAACACGUUUGAGGAAGAGGGGGAGAAUGACGACGAUGAUGAUGACGAAUAA